AUGGCGCCAGUUGAUUUGAGUCAAGCACAGGUGGAAGUCCCUGCUCUCCUGCCUGAGAGCCAGACUAACGACCCUCAGUUGACUAAGGAAUCUACAGAAGAUUCUGCCGAAACAAGCAAGUCCGUUAUACCCUACCUGCUGGAAAAGAGUCCAGAGUUCCGAGAGCUCAGUGAGGUGAGAAAGAGGGGAUGGGAAGCCCCGGAAGGCGAUAAAUACUUCGCGAAAAUGCGCCGAAAUGCCGACAAGUCUGACAAAACGACAUCAGCUUACUUCCAUAAGUUGAUGAAAACAAUAGGACGCGAAAUCGAUACAGAAACCAAUGCUUUUAAAGUCCAACGAGUUGAUUCAACUCCACCUGCCAUUCUCGACAUGUGCAUGGCCCCUGGUGCAUUCCUUGAGAUAGCAUUGAAGAAGAACCCAGGCUCACACGCUCUGGCUUUCAGCCUACCUGCCUCCUGUGGGGGGUAUAAAAGCCGUCUGCCAAGUGGCUUGAAUUUCAAGCGAGUGUUUCUCGACGUGACCAUGCUUGCUGUCGACAUGGAUGCAGGCGAGAUCCCCGAAGGGCAUGAAGACGCUGAGAACUUUUUGCCCCGACAACUUGAGGAAGACCGGCUUUUUGAUUUGGUCAUAUGUGAUGGCCAGGUUUUGAGACAACAUUCACGCGCCCCUUAUCGAGAGAGCCGGGAAGCAAAAAGACUGGUCACCACGCAGCUUGCUCUGAGUCUUCAGCAUCUGAAGCCUGGUGGCACCAUAGUCGUUCUUCUGCACAGGCUUGAAGCAUGGAAUACUGUGAAUCUCAUUUGGACGUUUCAUAAGAUCUCGUCGGUCCGGCUUUUCAAGCCAAAGAGCGGUCACGCUAAGCGAUCAUCUUUUUACAUGGUUGCUACCGAUGUUGACAGCCGACAUCCAGAGGCUAUUGAAGCGGUCAAGCGGUGGAAGAUAAUGUGGUGGGUUGCUACGUUUGCCUCCGAUGAAGAAUAUGGCAAGGUGGUCUUGGAUGAAGACCCAUCUGUAGAUACAUUGCUCGCGGACUUUGGGUUGGAACUCGUGAUGUUGGGCAAGGCAAUUUGGAAGAUACAGGCCAAUGCGUUGGCUGAUGCACCAUUUAUGAAGAAUUCGAAGUAA